UCAAUAAAGUUUGCAGAGGGCAGGGAGAGCCGUUUCAAUCCGUUUAUUCGCGGCAGCUGUCAGGGUAACAGUGCCCACGGUACCUCCACAAGAUGCUUACGUUCGUUGUUUUAGUGGCUUCGCUGUCGCUUACCACGGUGGCAGGCGGGCGUGCCGCGCGGAGCUGCGGUACGUGCGAUGCCAGCUCGUGCGACCCGCUUCCGACCGACGGCUGCGCUUUCGGCACCAUGCUCGACCCCUGCGGCUGCUGCGAGAUCUGCGCUGCCGGCCUGGGGGAGCUGUGCGGGGGACGCGGACUGUCCGCGCGGAAAUGCGCCUCCGGAAUGGAGUGCGUGAAAGACGCGGACGAUCCGAAGAGCAAGUUCGGCAUUUGCGUCUGCAAGAGCAAUUACGAAGUGUGCGGCAGCGACGGGGUCACUUACAAAACGGGCUGUGAUCUGAAAGCCGCGAGCCUGAAAGCGACCGGCCAGGAAAAGCCGGAGAUUACGGUCCAGAAUAAAGGAAAGUGCGCCCAAGCCCCGAUCAUCGUGACACCCCCUAAAGACAUCUGGAAUGUGACUGGAUCCCAGGUGUUCCUGAGCUGCGAGGCCAUCGGAAUCCCCACCCCCAUCCUCACCUGGAAGAAGAUCUCUGAUGGAAAGGGGAAGGCCGCACUGCUUCCAGGGGACAGAGACAACCUGGCGGUCCAAACACGCGGGGGCCCUGAAAAACACGAGGUCACAGGAUGGGUACUGAUCUCCCCCCUGACUGAGGGGGAGGCGGGGAAGUACGAGUGCCACGCCAUCAACUCCAAGGGGGAGGCCUCGGCCGUGGGCAGCAUCAACGUGGUGAAGUCCCUGGAUGACAUCCCCACUGCCAAAGCUGAGGAGGAUGAGGAGCUGUGAGAGGUGACCCACAGAAGGUCUGAUUUGGGGAGGCCCCCGCAGGACUGGGAUCAGCACCCCCCAACCCCACCCCCCCCACCCCCCACAGGCAUCAGUAACCUCCCAGCAUUCCCCUAAAAUACUCCCCACAUAAGCGGUUUCUUUUCUUUCACUUGCUCUCUUGGCCAGCUUCCAGAACGUUCUUGUGUAGCUGCUUUCGUUGUACAGGAGAAGGGAGAGGGGAGAGAGGAGAGUAGACGAGAGGAGAGGGACAGGAGUGGAGGCAUCAGCACGUUACCUCACAGUCACGAUCCAGUCUCAAAGCACUGCCGCACGUCCUUCAGAAGAACAGACCGUUCUCCUCAUUCUUCUCCCUGGGCCUCGUGGUUCAGCGGACGUGUGUGUGUGUGUUGUGUGUGUGUGUGCAUGUGUGUGUCCGCCCCCCCCCCCCCAAAACACCUGAGGUAAAGCUGAACAGUAGGCAGGCACCUCGCCUCCCCUCUCAGUGGCGAGAGUGAACCCUACCUGCCCGGAGGGCCCCCUCUGUCCUGUACCUGACAAACCCCCAUAACAAAGACAUUCCACUGGCAUUUCACCAUGGAGGAUUCUGGGACAGAUCCGUCUCAGGGAGAAACGGCUCAGGAGGACCCCAGUACACCACCGACGGAAAAGUUGAAUACAGGAGCCACAACACAAAGGACUGAGGAAAUAUAAGACUGUAGAGCCAGGCCAUUAGAGCAUAGUAGAGGUGGUGGGCAGUUUCUAUCGUAUGAAUAAGCCAUAGUGUAAAUGUGCUUUCAUCCAUUGCCAGUUUAGUCUCUUUUUGUUUAAAUUAUACUAAUAUAUGUUUUUUUUUUUUUUUUGUACCCAGAUUUGAACGCUGUACUGUACUGUCUUAGUAAAUAGAGCCCAGAGGUGAGGGCUGUGUCUUGAGCAGGUGCUGUUCUUUCAAAAGGGCUGACACGUUAAACCAAACCACGGAAGAUUGCAUCGCUUUGUGCUUGCAAAGUUCAGUGCCUUUGGGGAAAACUGACAAUCAUUCAUCUUCAGCAAAGAAAAGAACUCCAGGCACAGUUUUUUUUUUAAAGUGCAGCACCCAAGAUUAAAAGAAUCAGUCCUGAGACUGAACGGCCGGUUGACAAUUUCAACAAGAACUGCUCUCAUUUUCUGUGUAACUAACUGGCUUUUGGAUUAUGGAUUACUAAUACAGGUUAUUUUUAAAUUGUGUGUAUUCCUUGUUUUUAUUCACCUUUCUCUAAAUAAAUAAAAAUACACAA